CGCCACCGUCACCGUGUCGAGUGCCUACGGUUUCACCGCGCCGUAUCCUGUCGCGGACGCUCCGGCCCGGUUCAGUCUCAGUCUGGUGCCCGCGCGAUCCGCGCACGUUUACGCUCGUCACGCACGUCACACCGUCGCAUUGACAAUAGUAACAAAUGCGCGCCGUCGUGUUACACGAACAACACGACAACAUUUUACGAUAAUAUUCGCUGCUCGCGGAGAGGUUCGCGGUUUCAAACCCGUCCGGGCAUUGUAAAACGCCGAGUGAAAAACGAAAGCCGUAAGUAUAACAGCGCCGAAGGGGGUUAAAAAUAACCCCGAGCACAUCGGACAAUAUUACCCCGGCACUAUACGUUAUUGUGGUUUCGCGCGCGCGUAUGCCCGGGACCCACGCCCGGAGGCCCGGAGGCCGAAACGGACGAGAAGCCGUCGCCUCCCGAUUUCGAGUAUUUUCGUUUUAUUGUCCACGGGUGUACGGUAUAAUUGCGGGGUCGUCGGGUGCACUAUACAGCGCGGCGACACAACGAUACGCGGUGCCGGUCGCCCGUUUACCGGUAGUUUCGCGCGAACGCAACGGCCGGGUGGGUGCAGGAUAUCGGUGGCCACGGGCGGAAAGCCGGCCAUAAAUUACACUUGUACAGGUCGGGUUGUCGCCUCCGGGGUGGUUCGCGUUUCGGCCGCCGCGGCACGCAGAGGACCGCACUUUUCUCGCAAACUCGUACCGUACGCGUCUUGCACCACGCGCGAAACCCGCGCGAGUCUCCCGGUAAGGACAGAAUGCCCGCCGGCGGGUCUCUCGCGGGAACAGACUAUUCGUGUGCUAUUACGAUCGACCGUUCGGGCGUUUUGUCGGUAGGGACCGCGUAAAAGUCUGCGCCGGGCGUCCGACGAACGUUUCCCGAAACCGUGUUUGGGGCCGGCCGUGUCCGGGACUAGGUGAUACUUUGGGAAGUCAAUUUUUUUGAUUUUCCCAGCGGUUUUCGCAACAUCUGGGAAAAAACGGGGAGAAAACGUAAGAAAAACGGGAAACUUACUAAAAUAAUGUUUUUUUUUUUUUUUAUCAUUUUCAAUUGUGUUAUUUGUUAUAAUUCAGUUAAAAAUAUUCUGAGAUAUGUGAAAUGUUGGCAUAAAACUUAUGCCAACAUGCCAAAACUUGCCUAUUUGUACGUGGUAAAACUGUAAAAAACAUAUUUAAGCUAUUUAUAGACACUUUAAUUUUGUGAGUAAUUUUUUUUUGUUGGGUACUCUGCAGAUAAAAUUGUUAGACAAAACAUAAAUGCUUGAAAAUUGAACCGGGGGUUUAUUAUAAGUCGCACUUUGCGGUCAAAACAAAAAUAAUUUAAUUCGAUAUAGUAUAUUUUUUUUUUUAUAAGAAUUUGCAUAUCAAAUUUUGACGAAAAUUGUUUUAGCAAAAAAUUAUGUCGAACAAACCUGGGUACUGAUCCAUACAAAUUGAUUCAAUAUAAUAUUUAUUUUACUGUGAUAUGACAUGUAUAUUGUUGAAAGAACAAUACUAGCCGAACUUAUUCAAAAUCGUUUUUCGUUAGUAAUGAUUAAUUCUUGCUUACGGAUAGACAUUAAAUUUCUAUCUAUAUCCCAACGUCCCAACUUCUCAUCUACAACAGUGGUCUAACCAUCGUACGAAGUAUGUCCGUUUACGGCAAAGCUGAACAAUUUCUUCUUCUUACCGAACUAGGCACUUUUUCACAUUUAUGGUUUCGGUGGUUAGUUUUUAAUGUACAGAAUAUUUUUCUUUGGGUUUCCAUUCCGGUGUGGUUAAAUGUAAAUAAAUGUAUAAAGUUAUAAAGUUAUAAAAGUAUUAAAACGCGCAUAAAUUUAAAAACGGCUUUUUUAUAUUUAAAAGUUUUUUUCACUUUUAUCGUAUAGGAUACCUUUAUUUAUUUAUGUUUGUCUACUUUCUUUACGCGCAGAUAGUCGAAACGAUUUUUCAUACGCAAUUUUUGUUGACGUUAAAAUGAAAAUAUUAUAACUCCAAAAAGUUAAUAACAUAGUAUACAACAGGAGUCAUCAAUUAAUUUCUAUGAAGGUCCGUUUUGAAACUUACCGAAUUUUCUGCGGUCCCAAACAGUUUUAAUGACUUUUAGACACGUUAAUAUUAAUACAUUUUUAUUUAAACUUGUAUUUGUAUUAAUUUAUUAAUUUAUUUUUAUUAUUAUUAUUAUUAUUAUUAUUAUAACAAAAAAAAAAAGAUUUAAAACGAUUAUACAAAAAAACUUUUCAUUUGUAAUGGGAAAAAUUACAUUUUUUAGUUUUCAUAAGCUCAGGAAUGUUCAGUGUGAAGUUGGUGCAACUGAUUUGCAUUAACUCGUUAAGAUGAUCAUCUGUUAACCGAGAUUUGAAAUUGUUUUUGAUAAAGUUCAUAUUGAAGAAAGUGACUUUACAAACAUAUAUUUAAAAACUACUCUGCGGAUAAGGGUCGGUGAAAAAAAAGGUUCGCCAAUCGGUGACCCCUGAUAUAUAAUAACGUCUAAUUAUGCGCGGUAGAAAAACUGCGGGUCACUAAAUAAUAAAAUAUUUCGCCUUUAAAAAUCGCUUCGACUUUAUUGUCCUUGCUUUAUUACUUAAUUAUUCUUGAUAUUAUGGAUAUGCUAAAUAUUGUCGCUAAGUGCUUUCACUAAAAUACUGUAAGUGCCUGCCUUAUUUUUUACUUUUAUCUAUAGUAUACUUUUGUAUACGAAUGGAAAGUCAUAAACAGAUAUAAAUUGAUUUCGAAGACACGGAAAGUUAUUUUGCAGCCACCGUUUCGAUUGGCAUACAUAAUUAAACGAAAUAAUAUUUUAGAGAAAAAAAUAAACGUUACUGUGAUUUUAAUCGAUUUAGAUAUACGCGAGAUAUUUGUAUUGUUAAUCAUAUGAGUAUAGGCAUAUUUAAAACAUUAAAUUUAUAUCUCGACGGCUAGUUCAGAUUUUCGUCGUCAACUAGGCAACCAAAUCGACUUUUGAUAUUGUUUAGAAACGGAAAUGUCUCAAAUGAAUUGCCGUUCGAUUAUAAUAAUAAUUAAAUAUAAAACUGGGUAUUGACUGUAUACAAUUUAAAUUGUACCUAUUUAAGUCGAGUUUAAAAUUGAAUGUGUCAACUAAACAAGUGAAUUAUUUUUUUUUUUUACAAAAUCUCGUGUAAUCACGCGUUUUAAAAAAGACUUAUACUCACAUUGACUUUUACGGUGCGCAUAUAGAAAUAUUCAAGGUACCGGGUUCAUAAAAAUUUAAUCCAUCCGACCUACCCUGGGUAUAUUAUAAUAUUAUUGACCCGCUGAAAGAAACUGUACAAAACCGUUCGAAUUGAAUUCUAUAAUAAUUGUUAUUAUAAUAUACCUAACCUAACAAACUACCUCGUUCCGUGUCGUGUAUCGACUAGAAAAGAAUAGGAAAACAAUUAAAUAUGUAUUUAUUCAUUUAUCAUUCAUUUCUUGACCCAUAUUUUUCACAAGUAGUAUACUUUCCACGUAAAUUUGUUUUAUUCGAUAUUCACGGUGCAGGCUUCUAGGUGUGUAUUAUACAGUUCACUCUUCUCGUUCUUCGUUGCUUGCCAAUCGGCGGUGUUUAAAUUUUAAGAUUUCUCUCUUCACCCGAAAAUCAACACUUUGAUAUGCAUUACCUUUUAGUUGUUUUCCUAAAAAUCGUUCUCGUUCUUUAAACUUGGACAUUUUCGCAUUCGCAGUCCUAUAGUGAUACAGUCGAUGGUUAAAGGGGCAAAAAAAUCUGCCGCUCGCUUAACAACCGCUACUUAUCUAACUAUAAAUUAAUCGCAUUCUAUAUCCUAUAUGUAACUGUUGUAUACAAUACUUUAUUUUUUUCUUAUAUUAAUAUCACAUUGGUAACAGAUUAAAAUAAAUUCUUUUUCUUCAGUUUCUUCGCCGCUGUUUUCACUCUCGAUUAUUUUGUGUUUACAAAAGGCUUCAAAAAAAGCAUCGAUGUUUCUUUUUGCAUAUCCAAUGGUGAAUUUCGUUCCUAGGAUCCCGACCAUACGAUGGUGACAUAUCAUUAUUUAUAUAAUAGUUGAGAUUUCUGUCUCGUCAUUCAUAGUUGAACGUAACGGUAGUUUCAAUUAGUUGCUAGCACUUUUCAAACGUUCAACAUCGGCACUGUGAGGUUUAGCAGCUGCCACUCUCGCCAACACUGUACAAACACGACUUGGGAAAUAUUUUGAGGCACAUAAUGUUUUCACUACUUUAAUAAGGUUCAUUUUUCGUAAUUCAGAUAUAUUUUCGAUUGAUAUCAAUUGAUCAUAUUCCAUUAUUAAUAAUUCUUUGUAAAUCUAUGUCUGGGCAAAUUAAACUAUGAAUAUCUCUGAUGCAUAUUACCGAGGAUAGUAGAACCACAGUAUACGAAUAAAGACAUUGUACAUUCCUACAUGUUGUUGUAUAAUACCUAUAAAUUAUAAUAAUAUCCAAUUAGAUGAUGAUAAAUGUUAUGGGAUAUGGAUUAAUGAUUGACAACAUUUGUGAUGUGUAAAACGAAACUGAAAAAAAUAUAUAUAUAAUAUUGAAUAUGGCAAUAAUGAAUAUAGCGACAAGAACGGGCGACAGUUAUUGAACAAUUCGUAAUAUUCACGGUUUUUGGAUGCUGACCAAAUUGGUUCCCAGACUUGCCCAUUUUAGAUUAGAACUACCCACAUUGGUUAGAACUACACGCGCCGUUAGCGCGAGCUCUGGCGUGUUUCGACUCGUUGUAAUAUUGCGUCAUGGGGGUUUAUUUUUCCACUUUACAUACCCCGCAUUGAUUUCGAACAAUAUAUUAUCGUUAUUGUGUCAAAAAAUAGAAAAAAUUAAAUGAUAGAUAUACGCCAGCUGUACAGUGACGAUUUAUAUUGCGUUUCGAAUUUCCGACGAUUCACAUUAAAACGACCAACGAUUUUCGAUAAACUUGAAAUCCGUCCUUCGGACGUGUUAUAUGGACACGUUGCCCUUAUUGUAAUGAUAUUAAUACAAACGACAAACGAGAAACAAUGGGGAAUUUUCGUUCGCCGGUUAAAAUAACACACAAUAAUAUGCAUGCAGAUGCACAAUUAUAGGUUUACACAUGUGAUCAAGGUCCUUAUUUAUUUAUUUUUUUUUUUUUUUUUCUAUACUGUAUUACCGGACACACGCGAUAAUUUUUUUUUUUUUUUUAUUCUGAAAACGUUCGAUCGUCAUAUUUUGAGGUCGCGACGCAAAUAUAAUACGGGUAUACUCGACAUCGUACGAUUUAUUCGUAUCCUCAAAUGGCCGCAACACGACGAACGUUAUGGUCAUUUAUUGUCGAGAAAAAAAAAAAAGUGCAGCGCGAUAACGCGUUAUCAAAGGUUUGUUUACAACGAUUUUGAGUAAUUGCGAUUUUCGUGUAUAUUCGUCAAACAUUAAAUUACCGUGUGCGCCGUUGUGUUUUGUUUUCGGUGCAGUCGAAAUAAAUAAAAAAUGUAAAUAAGGCGUCUGCGCAAGCAGUGAACCGUAUAUCCCGUUCGGUGCGGAAUAACAAACAUUUUUUUUUUUUUUUUUUCAGUUUGUUCACAGAUCACAAUAACUAUACGUAUAUAACGUACGUAUUGCUCGUAUAUCUCGGAUGUAACCAUACAACAUAAUAAUAUUACAACGAUCAUCGAACCAAAUAUGCUGUGUAUUUCACGCGAAUAUAUUACAACUCCCAUUUCGCGAUUAGGGGCCCCCUUAUAAAACGUGCGAAUUCGCUUGCAACUCAAAACUGUAGUGGUAUAGGUAUUUUUUGUUUUGUUUGUUAAUUUCAAUAUAUUUUAUACGGUUUACGUAUUAUAAUACGCGUUUAUUACUACGGCAAAAACAUACACACAAUAAAAUUCCUGGCCAAAACGAUCGAUGUCGAAUGAAGAAAGAGUAUAUCGUAUAUAAGAAUUAACGAAAAGAAAUCGAUAUGGACGGCAAUCGGGGAGAGAAAAAAUUAACGGAUAGGACGUCUUAUUGCGAAUAAUACACGGGAGACAUCUAUAUAGUUGAAGGGAAAAUCGAAGGGAAACCUGCAGGAAGAGGAAGACACGGUCAUAAUAUUUGAUACAAAUUAUAUGUUAGAUACGUAGGAGAAGUAUCCGAAAAAGAAUUAAAGGAAGUUGCUAUGAAUAGGGAGGAGCGGAGGAAUAUUACAUCAUUGAACAAAUCAACGGAUUGUUACAAAACAAUACCUACCUAUAGUAUAGUGACUAUAAGUGAUAUCUAGUUAUAUAUAGGUGAUUAUGAGCACUGGAAGUGUGAGUUGAGAAUUUGAAAUUGAAAUAUAUAUUCCGAUCGCAAUAAACAAAAAUUAUCUUUCAUUAAUAUUUAGGACUGUGAAUUUGUAAAAGUGCAUUUUUUUUUUGUAGCUGAUUGUAAAACGUGGAGCUUUCUUAAUACAAGAAUUAAAUCACGUAUCUACGAAACUUUUAUUUUGUGUUUUUUGAUGUUUUAAAUUUACUGUAUAGGUGAUUUUUGUUACCUUCUGAAGACAUUUCGAUUUUACGCUUUUUUCAUCCAUUUUUACAUGAAUUGUACAUAAUUUUUAAUUUACACAGGCCGUAUUUAAAUUUCAUAUCCUUGUUUUUGUUUAACACAUAUUUUACACAAGCUUUAUACGAGUAAAUAUGAAUGUAUACAGUGUUUGACUUGUCACGAUAAUGAGGUUAAUCGUAGUUAUUAAUUGCGAAAUAUCAGCAGUGGAAUUUUCAAAAUAAGUAUCGGGUAUCUGUAAACGAUUAGAUUAUUGAGGUGUUUAGUAUUUUAGUAUUUUUUGAUAUUUGAAUUACAUUUUAUACUACAUUUUUAGGAAUUUUAAAUACAAUUUUUGUUUAGGUUUUAUAGCGCAUUCAAUUCACAACUCGUAUGGUAAUAAUAUUUCCUGUACCACUUAACUGCAAAAUUAUACGCUUGUUUUAAUAUUUUACUGAUAAUAUUUGUAUUUGUGACAAAGAAGGUUAUCUAGGGAUUUGUCGACUUUACACACACCCACCAUGCACUAUAAUAAUGUUAUAUUGUAGUCUGGAUAACGUCAGCGAUAUAAAUAUUCCAUUAUAAUUUGUUUACUCCACACAAAAUGUUAUUCUAGUAAAAUUUAAAACUAAUACCUCAGUGAUUAGACAAAUAUUGACGAGCACCUUAUUUUAGUCGUCCCAUUUCUAUAAUAAUAUUAUGUAAGCAGGAAUAUUUAAAAAUUAGUUUACAAUAGUUUACUUAAAAGGCUAUGAGACGCCCUCAACAGUAUUCUCUUCGUAUAAAUUUGUCAACGAGUAUUUAAUACCUACCCUAUAAAUCCUAAACGCCGCGAAAUUCAAGUGCUGCGUGACGUCAUAAUAUACGUUAGGUUGACCGUUGCGGGAUAGAUGGAGACAGUAUAUUAUACGUACGCGAGUGUGACGUCAUCUUAAGUAUAGGUGUUUACUAUUUACAAUAUUGUGUUGACGUUACACAAAUAUUUAGAAAACUCAACAUAUUAAUAAUAAUAUAUGAAAAUCAUCAAUAACGAACGGAUAUUUUUUUUAUCAGUUCACUCCAUAGCCUAGCUAUCAUGAGUAUACUAUAGUAUAAACACUUAUUACAAAUAUUAUGGUUGAAAUAUAAACGAAAGGUUAUUUCAAAAAAAUUCAAUAUUUGUAUGCGACUUUUGUUGAUUACGCAGCGUUUUGGUGUAAAACAACAAUACGUUUUUUUUUUUUUUUUUACUUUUCAACAUUUUUAUAUUCGUGUAUAAUUGUAUAGAUUAAAAAACUUUUCUCAGUAAUAAAGAAUAAAAUUAACUUUGGUAUACACGACGAUUACGAAUAUAAUAAUUAGUAUCGUCAUUACUUAAAAACAUUUAGUCAAGGUUACGAUAAUAUCUGAACAUAAUGUGCACAUUAAUAUACCUGUUCGUUUUUCCGUAGUGGACAUGCGUACCUAACUGUACUUAGACUUUUCCCCUAUACUAUAGCGCCGGGUCAACAGUUCACUGUUCUUUGACCGCCGACAAAAUCGACCAACUGAUUAUUUGCACGGGUGUACAAUACUUUUGUUUAAAACGGUAUCCGCGAAUUCUUAUAACGAUUUCAGAAUUUUCCAUUUAAACAUUAUGAAUUACAAUUGUUGAGUAAUCAAAAUAUUUAAAACCUGUACAUUAUACGGUUCGAGGGGUAAAGUGACGAGUUUGACCCUAUAGUUUCCGAUUUAACAUUUCCCUUAUAUUGGUAUUAUUGUGUUGACAUUCAGUGGUGCGUCUAUAGGAUUUUUACGCCCAGGGCAAAAAAAAAUCUCUCCCUCCUUAUUUACACGGGUCCGAAACAUCCACACUUAAACGAGCAUUUAUUCAUUUUUCUUGUCCCAUCCUUGCUACUUACUCCUUUCUUCUAAAAAUUGCCGCCUAAAAUCAUUUAGAUUUGACCGCUUUGGAAAUUUCGCUACUCGUCCCGAUUGCCCCUCUGGCUCCCUCCUAAAUGCCCCACUGGGUUCAACAUAUCAUUAUUGGGUCAGGCCCGUUACAUCCAUUAUAGUCCUUCAGGCGGUAAAUUAUUGUUUAGUAUGGAAUAUAUAAUAUUAUAUCUGAAAUUGGACUGGAAAACUAAUAAUAACUAAAACGAAAUUCGCUCUAAAACGAAAAUAACCAUCACAACACGAAUAAUAUUAUUAAGAUAAUCUGCAGAAUGAUUGAAAUAUUCUACCAACGACUUUAAAUCGUAUCGAGAUUUUUAUCAUAUUCCUGUAAUAUAUUUGCAAGUAAAAAAACUGUCCAAGGUCAUUUUUAUGAUUAUAUUUUAUUAACGUUGUAUUAUUAUUAUGAUUUGGUAUAUCUAAUUUUCUAUUUUUUUUUUCCAGGGUACUUUUCAUCAAAACUCGCCACAAUGAGGCGAUCCUACACCGUAAUCAUGAUGGCCUCGCUGUUCCUAAUAACAAGUAUGGCCUUUGGCAAACCGAUGUCUUUAGUUUAUAUUACCUACCGUAAUAAUAUACCUACUUAUGUAUAUAUAUGAUUUUUCAAGUCAGUAUAAUAAAACGCUGUUGAGUCAAAGGUCCACAAAAUAGGUCAAAUUGACCAUUGCGUGCAAGUAUAAAUGAAAAUCGUUGAUUCCCGAGUUAGGUAUAUAGUUCUGCACCCCUUUCUCCCCUUCGAACUCGGUGUCUCGGCGGUAAACACAUUACUCGCGUUUUAUUUUAUUUUCAACAAAUUACUUUCUUGAUAGGUUAAACGCCAAUGACGCAAUGCUUUCUAAAACAAAAAAAAAAAAAUAGUAAACUUAUAUACAUUUUAGCAAAUAUUUAAUAUAGAUUAUUAUUAUAUUAUAUUUCCGACCAAAGGUGAUUUUACUACAAUGCGAUAGACGAUAUUUUGUACGCGUUUUAUUCGAAUAUUCGAAGUACCGUGAUAUUUUUGGACUACUAGAAAUACAUAGUAUAAUAUUGUGCAGGUAAAAGCAAUAAUAUACAGAUACAUAAAUUAAAGAUUCGUUAAAAAAAAAAAAAAAAAAAAAAAAUGUAAAAAUGUAUACCUAUACGUAAAACGAAAUAUUUACUUCCCUUUUAAAGUUACUUACAAAAUCGAUUGACAAAUACGAAAUGCCUAUACAUUACCGUUAUUUCAAUAAAGUUAUACAGAAGUAUAACCAUCAUCUUAUACAUAAGUAUAAUAUCACGAAAUGUAAACAGACAAUACACGUUCGAUUAAAUUAUUACCAUUUUUCUUUAACAUACAUGCGAAUUUAUUGCACGAUAUUAUUAAUGUUCCGAGGAAUAUUUUAUUUCUUGUUGUGUUGAUUUUGAACAAACGAGUGAGUCACCCAGACAGUUAACCCUUUUAUUAUUACCUUCGUAACCUAGCUAACGUAACGUUAUAAUCUAGCAUCUAAUAUGUAUAGUAGUAAAUAUUGAAUUAAUCAUUUUACUCUCAAACUCAUUUCUCUAAUUUUACGUUCGCACCGUAAUAUUGUGAACUAAAACCGAACCGAGAUAGGUUUUAUUUUAAAACUGUAUGACAAUAUAUACACAUACAUAUUGUAUACGAUACCUAUAUUAUAUUUGCUGGAUACGAUGCAGUGUCUGUUUUACGUUAUUAUAUGGAUAAAUAUUUAACAUAAUAUCGUGGUGUAAAUUAUUUUUAUUCGAAUAGGUAUAUUUUAUAGACCGGUAUGCAGAAAAAUAAUACCAACAAUACUUGACAAUAGUCAGUAUAAACGAUUAUAAUACGUCGGUGCUUUCAACCUACUUUACUAAAAAAAAUACUAAACCUUAAAAUUAGUUCACCAAAUUAUCGUAAUCGAUAUUUUCGAUUUUAUAUGUCAUAGAAUCGUAAGUAAUUUUUAAAAACGACCUAAAAGACGAUAGAUACGAAAUAUGUAUUGAGAUUUAUCAUCAAUUUGUUUUAUCUCUUUCGAACAAAGCGUUAUUAUAAAUUUUAUUGUACGUAUCAAACAACUACAAAGUGCGACAUACGUAUAAUAGACGUCAACAUUAAGAAUCAACUAAAUAACUAUUUAGUUAGACGUCAAUAUGAAAAUUCGGAAUUAUAAAUUCGACGAAAUGAAUAGGUAACCUGGUAGCACAAAUAAACAGAACAACAAUAAUUAUUAAAAUAAAAUGAAACCGAAUAACAUACCGUCGAAAAAAUUUGUUCAAAUCGAAAUUACCUCAAUCAAUGUAUGGUCAAAUUUACCGUUCGUUAUACUGUGUAUUUGUCGAUAACUGACUAUACUUAUAAUGUUUACAUUAGUUAUUUGGUCCAUUCUGUACUCCAAUUUAACUAUACAGUAUAUCAAUUAUGUCAUAACGACGAAGUUUUGGUAACACACAAGUUAUGACAUCGUGAUAAUAAUUUCAAUUAAGUAGGUACCAAUAUAUUAUAUACUCUGGAAUAAGUUUCCGUUUUAAUGAACUAAAGUUUUUCGAAAAAUAUUAUUAUAACGGGCAGCGAAUUGGAAAAAUAAAAGAACAGGGACUGCGCGAGACUUAAACAAAAUUAGCAUCCUUCGCGAUUAUUGAACCCGACCGAACCCAUGGGCUGUUUCGUCUCCCACACCCCCCAACAACAUUUUACAAAACAAAUUCAAUAAUAGGUAAUUUACAAAUGAAAAAAAAAAAAUGUAUAACACCGUUAAUAAUACUCUUGUAGAUUACGACUUACAUAUUUACUUAUUAUGUGCAUGCACACGUUAAUACUAGUACAUAAUAUUAAAAUGAAAAACACAAUAUUUACAAUAUUGAACAGAUCAGAGUCGACGAAAUAUUGUGUUUUAUUUUUUUAAAUACCCAUUAUUAAAACAAAUAUAUACGUAUUAACCCUAAGUCCAAACUGCAGAAAUAAUUGGUAAGUGGACGUUAAAAAAAAUAAUAGUUAAAGCUGCGUUCCCCAGCGCUCCCCCGCACCGCUCUGUACAGGUAGAUAAAUAUUAGCAUUUUUCAACGAUUUCGAGGUAAACGAUUUUGUUUGACGACGGGUUUUUUUAAAAAAAAAUUUUUUUUUUAAGAAAAUCGAUUAAUUCUAUAUUGAAAUAAUUAAUACCUACUAAUAAAACUUAAACGUUAUGCUCGUAUCAACACGUCGUACUAUAUAUUAUUUCAAACGAUUAUUGUGUAACGUAUAACGUCGUUUCAUAUAAUACUAAUUGAACGUCCUUAGGUCGCGUGUUUAUAUUAUAAGCACACGAGCAGCACUCAUAUUUUAACAAUAAUAAAUCGUCGAUCAUUUGUAACUGUCACGUACGCUUUGUCGGGUGUAACGAAUCGACGAAAGUCUCUCUCUCAUACACACACACACACACACGCGCACACACACACACAAAACGAACAAUUGUCCCGCGAGAACGGCAGAAACAGGUUAUUUUUCCACAAUAAUAUUAUAAGGGUCGUUAAUCCCUUAUACGGUUUCGAGGGUAACCGGAAAACCUAAUAUCAAUUUCAUAUAUAUUUUAUACUUACAACCUAAACAACACGAGCACAAAGAAUUCAUUCGGCACAACCGGCACGUACAUACACCAUUGUACGUCAUGUUUUUACAUUUUUAUUAUUAUUAUUAUUAUUAUUAUUAUAUUUUGAAUAUAAAACAAUAAAACUCGAUAUUUUUAACGAAUAGAAUAUUUCGCUUUAAUAGGUCGAUUUUUUCCCGAGUUAUACAAAUAAAAUCAUAAUUUAUGAAAGCCAAAUUAAUUAAUAACAUUUUUUCUUGGUCGUAUAUUUUCAUUACGUCGUCGUAACGUUCAUUUUUUAACGAGAAAACAAAAAUUAUAAUCGUACUACUGUCUAAUAAAUUAAUUUCUAUCGCAAAAACCUAAAAGGUUUUCUAACAAAACGUCUGGCCAAAAUACUUUAAGUUAUUUAAAAAGAUUUCCGAAGAGUCAUUAUUUAGCCGAGUUUUAUUAUUUUCCAAGAGUGAGCAUUAAACCUAGUUAAAAAGUUAAUACAUAGUUGGUUUAAUUUUUAACUUGACUUUUAACCUUUGAUUUUUUUUCUCUGUUACCUAAUAUAUAACGCAUUAAAAUUGAAUUACAUCACGUUAAGCUAAUUUCAAAUUUGUUUAAUUUAAAAUGUACACAAUAUUAAACUCAUAAUCGUACAGUAAUAAAUAACGUGUGUAUUAGUUCAGCAUUUAUAACAAAUAGGUGUAAUUUGAUAUUGGAAUAAUCCUCUCAUGGUCAACAUAUUCAUCCUUAUUUAGAAUACAAAUAGAAAAUGACAAACUGUACAUCUAAUAAGUUUUACUGCUCAGUUAACUUAAUCGAGUUAAUAUUAUUCAUUAAUUCGCGAAGCUUUGUUAUUUUCUAAAAUCUCACCUGUGUGUUUAGUGAAUUUUAUAAAUUAUGAUUUAUAGUAUUAUUAUAUUAUAGAUAGAUGAAUCAAUUCAAAGAUGAAUCGACAUAUUGUUCUAAAUAUUUAGAAUUGCAUAUUUUUUUAAAUAUUGUUUUUCUAUACUCAUUUUAUACAUUUUCGUAUAAUAUAGUUUUCUUAAAAAGAACGGGGAUUUUUUUGCAUUUUGACCCCUUUUCAAGUACCAUCUGUGUCGAAUUUCCAAUCGAUACGAGGCUAGCUAUAUAAUACGAAACUUUUGAACACUCCUUCCGACCAAAAAUGUGUGCGCGGAUAAUAUGACUUGGGAAAAAAAACCCCGCGUUAUAAAAUCAAUAAAGCUGAUGUUCAUUUUGCUUGGAAACUGAAUAUUUAAUUUAAAAAAAAAAAAAAAAAAUAUAACAAUAAUAACUCUAAAAUACUACACGGUCAUUUUAAUAAUACGAAUAAUUGAGAUAAAUAUUAAAUAAUAUCAUUAUUAUGUAUUCGAUAUUAACACGCCGUGCGACAAUAAAACGAUAAUCGUUGUCAAUAAAUUAAAACAAAAUCGAUUUAAAUUAAUUCAGCGAAAUAUUACUAUUUCAGUGUGUAAUUUAAUAUAAUAAAAAAAAAAAAAAAACCGCGCGCGUAUCGUCCAAACAUCAAUUUAUUUAACCCGUAUUCAAAGCCGCCGGAAUGGUCAAGCGAGUAACGGUCGACUCGGUUGGAGUUGAAACAAUAAACGCAGACAUUCAGUGAAAGUAUUCUAUAUCGAAUAUUAUACGAAAUAACGAAUUGUGCAAAUGGAAAAUAUACAAUAUGGGUCAUCCAAAAACAAACGGUACAUUCUGUUAUUAGGUUUUCGUGUUUAAUCUAUAGCCGCAACUGCGUUCAAAUUUCAAAUAUAAAUAUUCCUAUAGUAGAGUGGUUUUCAAUCUUUUUGGAUCCGCGGUUCUUCUGAUUUUGAUAUCCAAAUUAGCGGCUCCCUUACGAAUAAUUUACUGUAUUACUUUACUAUACUUACUAUAGACGCGGCUCUCUUGGAUACUAGACCACGACGUUCCUGGGAGCCGCGACGCACAGGUUGAAAACCGCUGCUAUAAUAUUAUAAGCUCGUAGAAAACAAAAGAAAAUAUUCCGUCGAGUUUUUCGAUUUUGUCGUAGGUUUUAGAGGCGGGAAAAUUAACCUUUUAAUUAUUCAUCAUUUAGAAAGAAUCCGGUUACAGGAUAUGAAUUCAUUCGAUGAAUUUAAUUUCUUUUUAGACAGUUGAAAUACAUUUCAAUGUGAAUGAGGAAUGCAUUCAUUAUGAAAUAAGGCAUGAAGAAUGAGAUCUCGUUAUUUGUUAUCUCAGCAACAAGAAUGGGGAUACAUUCCUUUUUAAAAGGAACUUUCCAUACUGCACUGGAAUUAUUAUUACCGAAUUUAUCAAAAUAGUUGUUCGGUAGAUCAUUAUUCAACGAUCGUAUUAAUAUUUUUAGCUGAAGCCGCCAACAUGAUCUACGCCCAAAAUUGUGGGAAAGAAGAGUACAAUCGUUGUAUUGCUUUGGCCGAUCCACUGGUAAAAGACCCGCAUUUCAUUUAUCCGGGAAAUCUAAAAGACAUUGAUAAUAUAUGCAGGUAAAAAUAGCAUUUUUUACAUUUUUUUUUACUAUAAAAUGUGUUUUCAUACAAAUUAUUUUUUGUUUCCUAAAAGGACUUGGACUCUGUUCGUCGAUUGCACGAAGAAAUACACCGAACAUUGUUUCGAAGAGAGCAAACGCAAAAUAUUCAACAAAGCCGUAGAAAACUCCAUUGAACUAGUGCACCAAAUGUGUACAUCGCCUCAAUACCAGACAGGUAUUAAAAAAUUAUCAAUUAUAAAAUUAAAAUUUCAUUGGUAUGUGCGAAAAAUCUACAUAGAGUAAAUAAUUAAUUUUUCAGAAUAUUUGAAACAUGCUUCGUGUUUACGAACCACCCUGUUCGAUGACUCGCGAUGCGGAAAACAUUAUCGUUCAUUAGCUAGUUUCAUAUCUAACGAAACCAGUGGACCGAGUAUUUGUUGGUAAGUAUUAACGUUAAUCAUCCCAAUAGUAACCCGGUUCAAUGAAAUAAUCGUGUUUUGUAUAUUAUUAUUACGAGUAGGUCGAAUAUAUCGAAGGGAAUUUACCAUUUCACUGUCCCAAUAUAUCAUCUUUAGUUGUGAUUUCCAUUCUUAUAAUAAUAAUCUUACACACUUGCGGGAGGAAAAAAAUAGCUCCUUAAAUGUUUAAUAAUUAUUAAUCAAGUAAUAAAAAUAAAAUAAAAAAAAUUGCAUAAUAGUCUUGUUUUAUAAUCACAUAUUACGUACCCGUGUGUGUACAUAAAUUGUACAAUACUUCUUUGUGACUAAACGAGUUAAUUAUUUCGUCUUUUUCGACCGAUUUGCAAAUAAUCAGAUACGCUUCGAACCGCAUGAAAAAUUUGUUAAUGGUACUUUACUGACCCAGUAUGUCAUUCAAAAUAUAAAUUUCACGAACAGACGGUCCGACGGAGACUUUUCCUCUGUUUGUUGUUCGUAUUUCCACAUUGAAAUAUUAUAAUAUUACGUUUUAUUGCAGCACUCAUCACAGAUUCCGGGAAUGCGUGCUUGACCAAACGCGAAGGACUUGCAACCAAGAAGAUGAUUCCUUUACACAACAAUUAUUAGACAAAGCGUUUGGAUUUUUCCGCAACCAGUGUAGGGACUACGUGUAAGUGUAUUACGCUGUACCCGGUUAAAGGAACAACGUCUGGAUCGAUAAAAUUAUCAUUAUUUUGAUCAUUGUUACUUAUCAUUUAAUAGGUUUAUACGACAUGUUGGCGUCAAAACGGUUUGAAAUCAAAAUCGUAUUUAAAUGUAUUGAAACGGUUUAGCCGAAUAUCCGUUGUAUAUCUGUUUAUACAUGCCCAACAUUCGUAGAAAUGAAAACGGUUUGGUGAAAAUCUUGUAAAGCAAUUUAAUGUUCAAUUUUGUUACCUUGUUAAAUUUUAAUUUGACAUACUUUACCAUUUAAUUUCAAAGUAGGUAUUUGAUGGAAUAUACCAGAAGAAAAUAUCGAGACGUGACUUUUUAAACCGAAGCGUAAUGAUCAUAAAUCGUACGUGAAACACACAAACAAAAACUGAUAAAACGAUAAGAUUUCAAAACCGCGUUUUUAUGUUCAUUUGAUAAACUGCUUUAAAAGUUUGAUACGGUUUUAAUUUCGUAAACUACCUAGUUUUAAUUUUAUAAUAGUUUGAUGUUUUUAUACCGUUUUAAAGUGUUUACAUGACAAGAAUAAGUUUUAGUUUCAAUACGAUUUUAUUUCAAUUUUCAAACCGUUUUAACGCCAGUACACUACAGUGGUGGCGUAAAUAGGUAUCGUAAAUAUGUAUCGUACGAAGUAGCUGUUUUAUGGCAAAAUUAGGUUCGUGGGUGAGACUGUAUGGCACUUAAUCAUAAGAUCAUUUUAUAGAAAAUGGUGAUUUACAGGAACAUUUAGUAGCGUUAUUUACAGACUUACAGCUCUUGAUUCUUCUGGGCUUGGAUUAUAUGCGAUUUUUUUAAAAAAUAUUGAAACUGCCUCAUCAAUAAAAAAAAAACUUAACGCCGCCACUGACGCCAUCAUAUACAAACGUACUAAUUAAUUGGGCAUCAUUUUCACUUACUUUUUAUUGUUUAUUUACUAUCCGUUUUGUAUAGCCGAAUGUUUGUGAUACCGAUUUGUUUUAAAAUGUUUUAAUUUGUUUCAUAUCAUAUUUAAUCAACAAUUGAAAUAAUUUAAGAAUAUAUUUUAAAAAGCCCAUCUACAACAAAGACUUAGAAAAUACCUAAGCAUAUAAAACUGUGUAUGAAACAUUCACAUACACAACACACAUAGUAAAAAAUCGAAUAAACGAUAUUCACUAAUCUAGACAUAAUAUUAUUCAUAUACAGACCCAAUCAAGACGAAUGUCCUGGUUAUGAAUAUUAUAACGUCAUGACUACCAACCGCUGGCAAGACGACAAGGACAGCAAAGAAAAAGGAUCUCUAGGUCCCGGUGCAAGUCCGAGUCCGUAUCCUUCAGUUUCUCCGGGGCCAUUAUGUAAGAUAUCAUGAUUUACUGUUGCGUGUAAAUGGUUCGUCUCACGAUACAUGUGGUAUUAAGGGUUUUUUUUCGGUUUUUCAAUUUAAAAUAUCAUUGCAUAUCAUCAUAAUGAAGGUUGAUAUUAUGUUAAUUCAUUAUGGGUUCAACCAGUGGCGUGCCCGGAAAAUUUCAGUGGGACAGAAUUUAUUAAAUAAUAAUCGCGGUGUAUGCAUAAAUGGUACAAUCUUCUUCUGUUAUACCUGCAAAACCCGACAGCGAGAAUUCAAAAGCUUGGUCCGUAAAAUCUAAAUGUAUUGUAUUGAAUAAACCAAGCAACUUUUUCCUUGUAACUAUUGGUUGAAAUAUAAAAUUUUAAGAUAAAAUUACUAAGCAAUUACUCGUAGUUGUGUUCCCAUUGAGUAUACCACAUAUACGCUGUAUACUAGUAAUAUUUUUUAUUGAAAAAUUACAGGUAUAUUACUGCGUAUAAUCACAAAUAAUUAAAAAAAAUAAAAUUCGUCCAUACCAUUUACGUCACUGAAACCGAAACAGUAAUAUAAAUUGUGUUUAUUUCAGCAAUUAUUAUAACUGAAAAAUUCACAAUUUUCUCACGAUGCAUUUUAAAACUGUCUUGUUUUGUUUUGUUUUAGUAAUUUUAAUUUCGUUUUUUUUAUAAUUGAUAUCUAUUUCGUUUAUUGGCCAUAAGAAAGAUAUAGAGUUGGGUGUUACAGUAUAGGUACUCUCGACAAAAUUAAUGGGAACACCACUGGAUACAACACUAACCUCUCCCCCCACUACUGCGCACGCCGUAAGCCGUGAAUUCGGCAUCGUUAACGAUAAUGUACACGGUCGUGUUUCGUAUACAAUACACGUCAGAUAAAAGCAUGAUAGUAUAUUUUUAUGUACAAUAUUUUAAUUAAAAUCCACAUUAAGACGAUUAUAUGUUGACCUUUAGGUUCGGCUUUUCGGAGAACGUAGUUUUUUGUUUGUCAACAUCGUUUACAUCGUUUAUAAUAGCAUUAUAAUCUAUACAUAUAAAUAUUUAGACAUUGAAAUGUUCGAAUAUGUGAUGAUAACCUCUCUGCCGGCUUGUGAAUCGUGUUUACAUAAAUAUUAAUGUGUACUUAUGAUUACAACAUAAUAACGUUUUAAACGGUGCUGCGGGGCGUUCGGCGGUGUUAUUAAUUCCCAACGUUCGAUUAUAUUGAAACUGUAAGACAAUAAAAAAAAAAAAAAAAAAAAAAAAGAAGGAAAAAACCGAUAAUAUUAUGACGUACCCAAAUAAUAUCGUUUUCUAAUAUUCGAUAAAAACGGCGUAACGUUCCGAUAUACAACGAUGUUUUCGGCGCGUACAAAAACCACGUAAUUGCUCGGUGUCGUUUUUAAUGCCGGCGUAAUAUCAUCAUAAACGGCACUACGUUCGACGAUACCAUGCCGGGCGCCGAUUUGUUUUUGUUACGCCUAUAACGGGGAGGGGGGGGGGUAAUCGGGAGGCGACCGCCUCUGACUCUUUUUUUUUUUUUUUCUGAAGGGUGCAACUAUUAUAGGGCGGCAAUUCACGAGAAACCUAUAGAAACCCCGGUGUUAAAUCCCCGUGUGUAACAGCCAAUGGGGGGCGGCGUUCGCGUGGAUUCGUAGCGGCAGGUUAGGCCGCCGGGUGUGUAUCGGAAUAAAAUUCUCGCCUCUGAAAAAAAUCCGAUAUCGCCACGCCACUGCGCGCCGACACCCUUCGGAUGUAUGUAAUACAAUAUUAUCGUUGGUAACCUCACCGUCGCGCGUCGGACCCCACGGGGCGCGCGGGGACUUAUCAACGCCGCCGCGCACUUUAGCCGCGAUAACCUUUCUGCCCAUCGUAUUGCGGCGACGUGAUGCGCACGCAUCGUUAAUAAUUAACAGCGCCACACCGACAAUAUAUUACGAUUUUUUUUUUUUUAUCGCUUUUCCGUCGUUACGAUAUGAUAUUCGUGUGCGUUUAACACAAAACGAUAUCCGAAACGAACGAACUGUAGGUCCGGGCCGAGCUAAGACCCACGUGUUUGAUUGGUAUUAUAAUUUGUUCGUGGCGUACCUACUACACCUACUGUCGAUUUUAGAUUCUGAGCGUAGCGAAGAAGCUCACGGUUUUACAAUGACGUUUGUUUUAUUUUUUUUUCCGCGAACAAUUCCAGAAAUAUCGCUCCGGUUUACAAGCGUAGCACUUUUUCUGAAUGGAAGUCUUGCUGGAGACAUAAGAGGAGGUCGUGUUUUGAUUUUCCCACGAGUUUUCCCGAUAAAUGAGAAAAACCGGAAAAAAAACGGGAAAAUAAAUACCUUUACUAUACGUAACCUAUAAAUAACCUAUAUAUUGUUGACAAAACAACCCUAUUAACCGAACUCCGCUCAGAAUCGAUUUUCGUUAGCGAUGGUUUAUUGUUGCGUACAGAUAUACAUUAAAUUCCCUCGUGUAUCUCACCUUCCCCCCAAUUUCCCACCAACAUCAGUGGCUGCACUCACGUGCAACGUAUGUCCCUCUUUUUCAGUUUUUUUUUGUUUUUUUGUUCGUUUAUGCGAGCCCGGAUUAAGGGUCGGGUCAAGGUCUCGACUAUUCGAUUCAACUCAUAAAAUAGUUUUCGCGGGCCCCGAGGACGUGGACGGAACCCCCUACCCCCCCCCCGAAAUAAUCCGGGCCUGCGUUUAUGACGCGUACGUAAUCCGUUACAAUAAUAUUAUUACAGCGACGACGAGACGGCGGGACGACUGGAACGGCGGCGGCGGAGGGCCGUCGUCUACGCCGGGCGUAGACGACAGGACCAUCCGCGUAAACACGUUGUCGGGUGUCGAGAGGACCAGCCGCGUGAACACGGUGCCGGGCGUCGAGAGGACUAGCCGCGUGAACACGGUGCAGGGCGCGGAGAGGCCCAACCGGGUGAACACGGUGCAGGGCGGAUCGUUCAGCACGCAGCCGUGGCAGAUGACCGAGAGUAACGAGGCCACCGGAACCGGAAUCGGACAGACCGCCGGAACCGGACAGGCCACCAUGAAGCCGGACUACACGAACAUGAUCGACGAGCCCAACCAGCAGGGACUGAACGGCCAGAACGGAGCCGGCUCGGGUCCGCGCGCGUCGACGGUCGCCGCGCUCGCCAUUCCCGCGGCGCUCUGGGCACUCGCGGCGAACGCGGCCGGCCGGCUCUGAGCGGUCGCCGGUGCCGCGCGAUUUCGCCGUUAACAAUACAAUAACAUUAUCAUUCAUACCACCGCCGCGCGCUAACCGCAAAAAUAUUAAUAUACGUACCCAAUAAAAAUACCUAUACGUUAUACGUAUCGACGUUACCGUAUACGUCGCGCACAAGAGACCCGAAACAUUCGAUCGUCGUAUUACAUAAGUAUACACUUCUUUUUUUUCCCUUUUUUUUUUUUUUUUUUCUUUAGUUUUUAACGAUACCUAAUACCUAAUAAUAUUUUAUCACGUCUUUGAUCGGGGCGGCAAAGGAGGGAACUCGAAUCGAUUUUCGAAGUUUUUUUUUCCGUUUUUGUUUUUCGUCAUUUUACGUCGGACACAAAGAUCGGCGGUUCGCAAUACGUUGAUAGCGGCAAAAAAUUAUUACCGCCCGGUGACAGGUUAGGUUAGGGUAGACCGUAUUUAAAAAAAAAAAAAAAACCCAAUUAUUUCAGUUAUACGUUCAAAGUAAUAUUUUUUUAUUAAUUUUUCAUAAUUAUGCGUAUAUUUAUUAUAACUAUUCUCAAUACAUCCGUAAACAAUUAUACAUCUUUGGUGCGUUAUAAUAUACCGAUACUUAUUAUUUUUCAUGGAUACACAAUCGCAGUCGCUGUCACGAUCUGUUACAAAUAGUUUUGUCGACGAAUUUAUUUCGUUCAAAAAUAAAAAUGAACACGGAAUAAUUGGCGUCGGGACGCAUGGCUGAAAAAAAAGGACAACCCUUCGUAAAACAGCCGGACGUACGGUCACCCUAGGUUAGAUUAUAACUGGGUAUUUUUAUCUCCGAACUCUUAACACCGAACCCGUUGCUAUAGCAUAGAAUAUUACGAAAUAACAUAAUAACCCCGCGUUUUAAUUAGUCGGCAUCGUCGAUUUUACCCGUCAAUUAGUUACCGACGAAUCCAGUCGGUCUAGUAUUUGUCCUCUCCGGUCCAUAUAAUGGCGUAGUCCCUUUGCGUUUUGCUCGGUAUGAACCGCACGAUAAGUGUGUGUGUAUUUUCAAAAUAUUAUCAUCGUGUGCCGCGGUUUCGAAAUCGAAUUUAUCACACACCGUAUCGCGAAUCGUACACACAGAAAUCGACUCGAGCCCCUUUUUUCCCCCCGGGGACCUAAGACGUCCCGAUUGGUUGCAGUAUAAAAUACCGUUUUCGACGAAAAACCCGUCGCCGGCGGUAUUCGCGGAGGUUAAAAGCCGUCCGUCGUAAAAAUGAUAACAAUAUUAUUUUCGGCGAAAAUUUACCGUUAUCCACCACAGAAUUCCAACCGGAAGUUGUCAAUGAUAAAAAAUACAACGUUACAUUUUUAUUGUAGCGAACGCACAGCCGGCCACACUAUACGUUAUUCAUAAUAUUAUAUCGUUAAUCGUUAUCGUAAUAAAUUAUUAUAUUUUAUUAUAUUAUUACAAUGUGUGAUGGUAUACAUAAUUAUUGUUCUGUCUGUGACUUGGUGCGAAAAAGUCCAAUGUCGAAAAUAAAUACGUAUCGGAAGCUGAACAAAAUUAAUUAAUUUCCAAAUACCCGACGUAAAGUCCCAUACGGGUAAUUGUACUUAAAAUGUUUUUUAUUUUAUUUUUUGACGUCGGUUCUUCUCGCGUCAAGUCACGGGCAUAUAUUUUUCGGGUUACAUUGAUGUUAGAAAAAAAUAAAACUCUUUAUUAUUGUCUGUGCUAUAAUAAUAUAUUACUGUUGUUAAUAGGGCUGUGGAUUUGUAGCAAAUGCAAUAUUUCACUUUUUUUUUUAGCUUAUUGUUAGACAGCUUAUAAUAUGAAUGGGUAUCCUGUAAAGCGUUAGGUCAGUUAUCUGACCAAAAAUUAGGUGUUUGCGGUUGGUGUAUGUGUGGCACUUUAUCAUUCGGUUAUAUUAUUAUGUUAACCAAAAAGACCAACUACAGGAACGUCUAUAAUUGUAGUCUUAGUUACAAAUUCUGUAUGGGGUUUUUUUUUUUUUUUGGAAAAUUUAGUUUCUAUUAAAGCCGUUUUAUAGAUAAAAAAAAUAAAAUUUCACGCCGCCAUUUAUAACACAUUAUGUGGAGAUUCUUAGUAAGUGCAAAGUUCGAAUCGUGUAACAUUUAUCUGAAACGUUCAUUAUGUAUUUCAUAGCGAAAUUUCAUUUUUCUCUUAAUAUUUUACUCAGGCUGUAUAAAUGUCCCACGUGUCAUUGUCCGUGCCAAUAAUUCAAUUCCAACUCCCCCUUGCUUUUUUACCGUUUAAUAACCUAACCUAAAUCGAUAAAAGAAAUUUAAUUUAACGUGUCUCUCUGUGUAACCUAUGGCUCCCUUUUUAUUUCAUCCUUGGUCUCCUCGCGUGAAAACCACGGAUAUAUUACGCGUUUUAACAAUAAUAAAAAUACGUAUUUACUACGCGAUAUCCGGCCGUGUUACCGAGGUAACCCGUAAACCAACGAAAACAAUUCGACUUUCGUUCUAAAAAUGUCAUAAACCCCGCGUCCACCACCCUUCAGAUUUUGAAUUUCGGAAAUUCGACUUCUAGGUGCCCAUGCGCACACACUGCGCACGGAACCUUUCGUCCGUUUCUGCAUGGACAUUUUCAAACCUUUAUAAAAAAAUUGUGAGGUUAGACACUUCAUUUUAUUAGUACAGAUUUUCAAAAUGUUUGCAUCGCUUGGAAUUUUAAGCGCGUGUAUUUCGAAUUGAUUAUUCGAGGGACUGUAUGUGCUUUGUGAGCGGUUUUCUCGUCUAGGACUUCAGAGGUCUAUUUAUUUAACAAUUAUCGAAAGUUCACAGCCCUAAUUAUCAAUGCAUAUACCGUAUGUAUAAUAUUGCAGUGUUUAGAUGCUGCUGGUAUCUUUGUAAAAACUAUAAUAUUAUAAAAACAUCCACCGAACACUUAUUUUCAUGUAUAGUUUAUUGUUAGUAUUUAUAUACAAGUAAAUUAUUGUAUUAGUACAAUAAAAUAAAACAUUAUCAAACAAUAUA